GUCAUCAUGCUUCAGCUUGUGUCGGUGUGUGCGUUUGUUUUGGCGCUGACUUCCAUGGCCUGGUGCGAUUCGUGUGUGGGCGGGAAAGUGAAUCCGAAAGUGUUUGUCUCGAGUGACGCAGUCCUCACUCCUGACUCUGUGGUGGUAGUGGGCGAGUUCACAGUGCAGUGCUCAAACAGGCCACAGAGUUUGAACUUCCUGGCGGAGAUGGAAGGAGAGUUUGUACCUGUGACCAAAUCCAUCGACGGAGAGUCUUACCAGUUCACUGUGACGAGAAAGCCAAAACAGCUGUCAGUUGGAGUGCACACUGUUAAUCUGUACGACGAACAAGCCACUGCUCAGCUCAGAAAGGCGCAAGCAGCCGGCCAGAGUGUAGGAGAAGCUAUUAGGUCUGUGGAGCCCACUUUCUCAGUGCCAGUCGACUACCAGGGACCCAGUCGGGGUCUCAUUGUGCCCAGUGAGCUGGUAGCUCUAGGAGGCGGAAUCAGUCUCAGUCUGAUUGCAAUCCACGCCAGGAAAACCAUAUCCAAGUGAAACCAUGAAUUGAGUAUAAGACAUCACCAGGCCAUGACACGACACGUGCGGUCAUGACCAAUCAUCAUGUACCCGACAUAUGCUUUAUGUGCUUCGUCUUAUGUAAACGUUUCGCAUAAUUUAAAAUUAUAAAUCCAAUUAAAAGUGCCUAAAUUGGGUUCAACGGUGGUAUCGUAGUCUGUAAUUUUUCAUUUUUUCAAACUCAUGCUGCUUAAUAGCAAUUGUUAGAAAAAUGGAAGUGUAAAGAAUUGUUAAACAUUAAGUCGCAUUAUUUGGACGCAUUACUUGUGUAUCGAUGGCUUCAGGUUUCUAAAUGUUGAAAAAAGCAGACCAAAAUAUUUAUGAAAGCUAAUUGGUUUCGGUUUUGUACGUGUUUUUGGCAGCGUUUGACUUGAUAAUAAAAUAUGUUUAAUUUAGAGCAGCGCAAGCUAUAUAAUUGAAGGUGUUGGCUUAUUGUUGAAUGAUUGUGCUGUAAAUUUGUUGAAAUAUAAGAUAUUGAUAAGU